AUGCAUACAGAAGACACACUGCUGGGCCCGGGCGCGAGCGCUCGAGGCAAGCUAAAGCAGCGUCGCUCGAGAAAGGCUUGUUCACACUGCCACACGCGGAAGAUCCGCUGCAAUGUCCUCGAUAGCGGGACGCCGUGCAGCAAUUGUGUCGACGCGGGUACGACAUGUAUCAUACGCCGACGUAAAAACCAGAGACGUGAAGCAACACCACCGGAUGGUCACGUAGGCCAGAUGGUUCUUGAUCCAUCCCCCAGCUGGCAAGUGCCCACACCCACUAGUGCUGCGUCAUGGAAUCAGAGUACCGGCCAUCGACCCAGCGUGGCCAGCGGUGGCCCAACAGGACGGUACAAUACCAAUGUGGGGWGUCAGUCAAUCUCGUCUGCUUCUCCUCCGAAUGGCGAGGGCACUCCAUGGAGAGAAAACGUCCAGCCCAGUCUCGGAUGGGAUCAAAGCGCAGUCGUCGAUACCUCUUCGGCCAGUUGCGAUUUUAGUCAUUUGACGGACCUCGACGACAUCUUCACGUUCACUAGCAACAGCUUCUUACCCCCUGGUGUGACACAAACUGAAUUUCCGUUUCCCAAUGCAUAUCCGCACCAGAAUAUGAGUCCACCAGGACAUCUCCCAGGUCCGCACGUCCUGGGAAUGAGUCCAAUAAAUUGCAGAGGAUCUACUGUCCACGUCCCAGGUCUCAACCCGCGGGACCAGGAGUACCUCCGAGGCGAAGGGUGUUUUGAGCUGCCACCUGGGCAUAUGCUCCGAGCGAUGAUGCGCAUGUACUUCCGUAUGGUGCAACCUAAUUUAUCGAUAAUAGCAGAGGAUCAAUUCUGGUUGCUGUGGAGCGGCGACGAGUUCAACGUUGGGCAACACUCACUUUUUCUGCUGAGGGCCAUGAUCUUCGCAGCCACUAGCUACAUGGAGCUGGACUUCUUGACCGGUCUAGGAUUUGUGAGCAAGCGUGAAGCCAGAAACACUCACUUCCGAUUAACAAAGUUAUUGUUCUCCUUCGGCGUUGAACGCGACCCUAUCGCAAAUGCUCAGGCUUGUUUGUUACUAUCUUACAAUGCCCCUAAUAACAACAUGCUCCGACUGAAUACCUAUUGGGUCACAAAUGCGAUUCGAUUUGCGAGAAUUGUACGAGCCAACUCGUAUCAUCGCAUACAAGACCCCGUCAGGUCGAGACUGCUCAAACGGAUCUGGUGGGGAGUAAUAUUUCGAGACCGCAUUCUAUCACUUGGCCUCCGGCGGUCCACCCAGGUGGACCUCGACGCCUCCUGGGAGGAUGAGAAGCACAUAUUGACCGCCGAUGACUUCCAGUCAGAGAUUGGAAAAUCGCAGGUCUACGACACUGACACGCAGCUCCGCAUAGUCGAUAUGAUCACAGUUACCUGCCGCCUGAUGCAAUGUAUAUCCAACGCCACCCGCAUAUUGUAUCGUACGGAGCGGUUGGACGACCGACUGGAGCUUGCUUCUACGACACUACCUGCAGUGUUCGCCGACAUUCAGCGCGCUUUGGAGGCCUUGCGGCAUUGGCACGAUCAAGCAAUUCGGUCCUUCCCUUUCCCCAUCAGCCUAGACGAUGCGCCAGAGCCCAUAUGUGUGUACGCAAACAUGAUGUUUUCGUAUCAUUCUUCUGCGGUUUUUGGACUGAAUACAUACCUACUGCUCAUCAGCGAGGUGUUCCCAGCGGCCAAAAGCCUCUUCUCUCUGGAUGAGGCCAAAGACGCCCUCGAGGUUGCCAAUAACGACGUAUCACGCCGUACACAGGAGCUCGUGCAGGUUCGCCUGGUCCAGUAUCUCCCCAUCAGUGCCUCGGCAAUUCUAGCGCUGCCACUCAUACUACAAGCCAUCAACGUAGCGGCCGCUCGAGGAUCAGGCAUGGAGGCUGUGGAGAUUCGGAAACUGGACGUCUUCACACGGACAUUAAAAAGCCAACAGCAAAAUUUCGACGGAUCGGAUUUCGCCGCCGAUGUAAUGGGCAACAUCAUCGCAUAUGCCCAGGAUGAUGGAAAGUUUGUGACUUCUAUGAUGACAUGGCGAGAUAACAAAGAUAUGAACGGAGGACCGCUCACCGGUGCUGCACCUGGUCAGAGCAAGAUCAAGCUAGAUUGGGGGAAUCUCGUUUAUAAAAGACCGCGACUCUUUUUGAGAUUGGUUCUUUAUUUGGAUCAUUCAUUUUGUAACGGAGGGCCCCCGCAGGACCAGGACUUUCCGCAAGAGCUGCAGAGGCACUCAGCGUGA